AAUCACUUUAGGGCUAAGCCAGAAGAAACCGAAUCGCGCGCUCAAAACACGAAUAGAGGAAACCAGGGUUCGAUUUGGAGUGAGGAAGAAGAAGAACGCCGAAGCAGCAAGUGAAAAUGGAAGCUUAUGGCGGUUACAUGGUGGACGAGAAAGCCGUUAGGGUUGAAAACGCUUUCUUAGAAUUUCUCAAAAGUUUCAGGACGAAUCGGAACGAGCUCUGCUACGAAUCGGAGAUUGAAGUGAUGAAAGCCAAUGAAUCCAACACUAUGUUCAUCGAUUUCGACCAUGUCAGUAAAUUCAGUAAUCACCUUGGUGAAGCUAUCUUCGAUGAAUAUUUGAGGUUUGAGCCUUUUUUGAAGAAUGCUUGUUUGAGAUUCGUCAUGGAGCUGAAGCCGACGUUCAUUUCUGAUGAUAACCCUAACAAGGACAUCAAUAUUGCUUUCUACAACCUUCCACAUGUCAAGCGGUUAAGGGAAUUGGCUACAUCAGAAAUCGGGAAGCUUGUAUCGGUGACCGGAGUGGUAACAAGGACAAGCGAGGUUCGACCGGAGCUUCUCCAAGGGACUUUCAAGUGCCUGGAAUGUGGUGGUGUUAUCAAGAAUGUUGAGCAGCAAUUCAAAUACUCUGAGCCAACUAUAUGUGUUAAUGCGACUUGUAACAACAGAACUAAGUGGGCGCUGCUGCGCCAGGAGAGCAAAUUUGCUGACUGGCAAAGGGUCAGAAUGCAGGAGACAUCCAAAGAGAUACCUGCAGGCUCUUUGCCGAGGUCACUGGAUGUUAUUCUUCGUCAUGAGAUUGUGGAACAAGCUAGGGCUGGUGACACGGUGAUUUUCACUGGUACUGUAGUUGUUAUACCUGAUAUAAUGGCAUUGGCAUCCCCUGGAGAAAGAUCAGAGUGCCGGAGGGAAGCUUCUCAACGCAAGGGGUCUGCUGUUGGAAAUGAUGGUGUGAGGGGCCUCAGGGCUUUGGGAGUCAGAGACCUCUCCUAUCGUCUAGCUUUUAUUGCGAACUCUGUUCAGAUUUGUGAUGGAAGAAGUGAAACAGACAUCAGAAAUAGAAAGAAGGAUACAGAUGAAGAUGAUCAGCAGUUUUCUGAACAGGAACGGGCUGAAGUUCAACGAAUGAGGAACACUCCAGAUUUCUUCAACAAACUUGUUGGGAGCAUUUCUCCAGCUGUUUAUGGUCAUGCAGAUAUUAAGCGAGCAAUCCUUUUUAUGCUUAUGGGCGGUGUCCACAAAGUAACUCAUGAAGGAAUCAACCUCAGAGGCGAUAUAAACGUUUGUAUUGUUGGAGAUCCCAGCUGUGCAAAGUCUCAAUUUCUCAAGUAUACUUCAGGCAUUGUUCCAAGAUCUGUGUAUACAUCUGGGAAAUCAUCAUCUGCUGCUGGUUUGACUGCAACUGUUGCAAAGGAACCCGAAACUGGAGAGUUUUGUAUUGAGGCUGGUGCUUUGAUGCUUGCGGACAAUGGCAUUUGCUGCAUCGAUGAAUUUGACAAGAUGGAUAUCAGAGAUCAGGUCGCAAUUCAUGAGGCCAUGGAACAGCAGACUAUUAGUAUCACAAAAGCAGGAAUACAAGCUACUCUUAAUGCCCGUACUUCCAUUCUUGCUGCUGCCAACCCCGCUGGUGGACGCUAUGAUAAGUCUAAACCACUAAAGUAUAAUGUGGCUCUUCCACCGGCUAUACUUUCAAGGUUUGAUCUUGUAUAUGUCAUGAUUGAUGACCCAGACGAUGAAACAGACCACUGCAUAGCUGAUCACAUUGUGAGAGUUCAUCAAAAGCGUGAAAGUGCUCUUACUCCAGAAUUCACUACUGCACAACUGAAGCGCUAUAUAGCAUAUGCAAAAACUCUUAAACCCAAGCUCACAUCGGAGGCCAGAAAAGUACUGGUCGAUUCUUAUGUUGCUCUCCGUCGAAGUGAUUCAAAUCCUGGGACCAGGGUUGCAUAUCGUAUGACAGUUAGGCAGUUGGAGGCAUUAAUCAGGCUGUCUGAGGCCAUUGCACGGUGUCAUUUGGAAGAUCAGGUACAAGCUCGACAUGUUCGUUUAGCAGUUACACUUCUGAAAACAUCCGUCAUAAAUGUGCAGUCCAGCGAGAUCGAUCUAUCUGAGUUUCAAGAAGCAGAUAGGGAUGAAGGGGCAGGUAAUGGUGAUGGAAAUGAUUCAAAUGGCAAUGCUAGAGAUGCUGAUGAUCAAGCGGGAAACACUACUGCUCAGCAAGCUGCUGGAACUGAUGAAAACCCAGCAGAUGGAGUUCAAUCCCAGGCGAAGAAACUUAUUAUAAGUGAUGAAUAUUUUCAGAGAGUUACCAGGGCCCUUAUCAUGCGUCUUAGACAGCACGAAGAGACUGUUACACAAGAUGGAACCGGUUUGGCUGGGAUGAGGCAACGAGAUUUGAUUCAAUGGUAUGCAAACCAGCAAAAUGAGAAAAACAACUACAGUUCCAUGGAGGAGGCAGCAGCAGAAGUUUCCAAAAUUAAAGCUAUUAUAGAGAGUUUAAUUCGAAGGGAGGGUCAUUUGAUAGUAGUAGAUGAUGGUAGGCAAGCAGGGGCGGAAGCUGGUGGUGCAGUCUCUAGAAACGAUCGAAUUUUAGCCGUGGCUCCCAAUUAUGUUAUUGAUUGAUAGCCAAAUAGUGAUCAAAGAAAUUGCAAGUCACCUCAUUUCACAAUGAUAAGGUUUCAGUUACCUGAUGUUUCACUUUGUCUUGUCUUGAGCUGCAAUUUGGUGUGUUCCUUAUUUGGUGACAAUAGAAAUGCAUUUGUCAUAGUUUGACGAUCAUAUUAGACUGUAUUUAGAAUUUACAUGACCCUUAUUUUGGAGUUGUAUGGUCUAUACUUUUCAAGGAUCAAUUGAAUAUAUUUUUAGCCAGGAACAA